UUGUGUUUGACGCAGAUGAACUCGUGUUUGAGUUGAGACGUCAUCAGAGUAAAAUACGGACCUUGUUCAGUCUGGUCAGAGGAAGGUGUAUCCUCCUCAUCAUCAGUAACUACGUCUGUACUUCCUGUUUGGAACUUGUAGGUUUUACUAGCUGCAGAUCCCUGAGCUGGUGAGAUGGAGGAAGCGUACAGUGAGCUGUACCAGCAGUUUCUUCAGUUGAGGUCACUUUGCCUGAGACAGGCAGCUCUGCUACAUCAACUCACGACCGCUCUGCAAAAAAAGCAAGCUGCCACUGUUCCUAAUGGAGAGCUGAGUGAUAUGAUGUCCAUCCCUGUCCAGUGUACCCAAGAACUCCCUACAUCUCUCAAUGUAAGGCCUCCCCAACUGACAUUCACAGUACGCAACACUGCACCACAGCGUGGCGUUGAUCGUCUCUCUCCAAAUGUGGGGACUUUUUCUAAUCUCCUCGCUGAAGACAUGUCUAAACUCUGUGUGGAUGUGCCUCGUCAUGAAAUGGAAGACGGGCCGUUGGAGCAAAUGGUUGCACCACUGUUAAGCUUGGACUUCAUGGGGUGGCAAGGAGCAUCUUCCAGUGUCUCAAAUCAUCCGGGGAACACAGAUCAUCAGAGCAGAGACAGGACAAAGCACACAGUGGGGAUGCCUUCGACAGACAGUCCCUCCCUACCGAGAGACUUGCUGAAUCCAUCUGCCGGGUUACUGAUGUCAGAUGUGGUGUUGCAGUCUCAUGUUUGUGAGUUCUGCCAGGCGGUUUUCCCUGGAGACGCAGCCACCAGGGGAGAGUUCCUCCGCCAUCUUUACACCCACGUCACCUAAAUAAACUAAGCUGAUUGUUAUUCUCCUCCUGA